UUGAAGAGAGAGUGAUCAAUGAGGAGUACAAGAUAUGGAAGAAGAACACUCCUUUUCUCUAUGACCUCGUCAUGACCCACGCUCUGGAGUGGCCCAGCCUCACAGCCCAGUGGCUCCCAGACGUGACUCGUCCUGAAGGAAGGGACUACAGCAUUCACAGGUUGAUUUUGGGGACACACACAUCUGAUGAACAGAACCACCUGCUCAUAGCAAGCGUACAAUUGCCAAGUGAGGAUGCUCAGUUUGAUGCAACUCACUACGAUAGCGAGAAAGGAGAGUUUGGUGGUUUUGGGUCGGUCAGUGGGAAGAUUGACAUCGAAAUCAAGAUCAAUCACGAGGGGGAAGUGAACAGAGCGCGCUUUAUGCCGCAAAACCCGUGCAUCAUCGCCACGAAGACCCCCUCGAGCGAUGUGUUAAUCUUCGACUAUACCAAACACCCCUCAAAGCCUGACCCCAGUGGUGAAUGUAGUCCCGAUCUCAGACUUCGCGGUCAUCAGAAGGAAGGAUAUGGCUUGUCUUGGAAUCCAAAUCUCAAUGGCCACCUUUUGAGUGCCUCAGAUGACCACACCAUUUGUCUCUGGGACAUCAACGCUACCCCAAAAGAGAAUAAAGUGGUUGACGCUAAAACCAUCUUCACAGGACACACCGCCGUUGUUGAAGAUGUGGCAUGGCAUCUACUCCACGAGAGCCUUUUUGGGUCAGUAGCGGAUGACCAGAAACUGAUGAUCUGGGACACCCGCUCCAACAACACAAACAAGCCUAGCCACACCGUCGAUGCACACACGGCAGAGGUGAACUGCCUCUCUUUCAACCCCUACAGCGAGUUUAUCCUGGCCACAGGGUCAGCCGACAAGACGGUGGCCCUGUGGGACCUGCGCAACCUGAAGUUGAAGCUGCACUCCUUUGAGUCGCACAAGGACGAGAUCUUCCAGGUGCAGUGGUCGCCCCACAACGAGACCAUCCUGGCCUCGAGCGGCACGGACCGGCGCCUCCACGUCUGGGACCUGAGCAAGAUUGGCGAGGAGCAGUCCGCCGAGGACGCCGAGGACGGGCCCCCCGAACUCCUGUUCAUCCAUGGAGGACACACAGCAAAAAUCUCGGACUUCUCGUGGAACCCCAACGAACCCUGGGUCAUCUGUUCGGUUUCAGAAGACAACAUAAUGCAAGUCUGGCAGAUGGCCGAAAACAUCUACAAUGACGAGGAACAGGAGACACCCGCGACCGAACUCGAAGCUUCCGCCUCGUAGUUUGUCUCAAACUGGAGAGCUCACCACUGUCCUCACCCGGCUCGCACGACCAUCUUGCGUAGAUGCCCUUCUCAUACUCGUGCCGGGUGUUUUGUAGCAUUUUCCUUUCUUUCGAGUUUUGUAUUUUAUGUCAGGACACUCAUAAUCGAACUGAUGGUUAACUUUCCAAAGUGGCGGUCAGAUAUCCUAAGGUUGAGGUAAUUAGACCUAGAAAUGUUGCGUUAACCAAGAGUGCGGCACCUUUUCUUGCUCAUGUGUUUCAGGCAAAACAACAUAACACAUCAAAAGGUUCAGGUACAAGCUAAAAGCAAACUUGAAUGUUCUGUGAUUGUCUGUGGGAAUAUCAUAUUUCUUUUCUUGGUUUUAUUUCUCACAUGUACACGCAUGUCAACUAUAAUAAAGCACUUUGUAUCGUA